CUCUAUGACGUAGCCGGAGCGCCGCAGCGCGCCAACCCAAACAGACCCGACUUCGCUCCGCUCCGGAGCCUCAGUUUCUCGCCGACUCGCCCGCCGCGGAUACGUGUGCAUCUUGCGGAUUUACACGCGCGGUUUCGCCGACGCCGACGCCAGCUUGGACGCCAGACUUGAAAAAGGAAACCGCACAAAAUGCCUACCUACUCGGGGCCUGUCCUGGACAACUGUUGCGGGUGUUAUUCCCUGAAAACGGGUUCCAUCAUCAGUGGAAUUGCUGGAAUGAUUAUGGGAGCCCUCACACUUGUUUAUAUCUGGGUGACCGAUGCAAAAAUGAAAACCAUCGUCAUUGACACGCUCCCUCCAGAUGUUGUCAAAAUAAUUGUGACAAUCAACCUCAUUAUGACUAUAUUCAUUUCUCUGAUGCUGAUCCUUGGAGUUAUCAAGAGGGUGAAAUUCAUGAUGUUGCCAUGGGUCAUUCUUGCAAUUAUGCUUGCCAUUGGACUUGGAAUCUCCGUAAUUUACACUGCAAUUGUGUUCAUUGUUCAUAAAGAAAUUCUCAGUGGAUUUUUAUUCCUCCUUUUCGGCAUUCUUUCUGUUGGAGUCUACAUCUACAUGUGGUUAGUAGUCUACAGUUACUAUCAACUGCUCCGUGAAGAGGCUGGACGAGGACCAUACCAAAAACCCCAUUACCGACGAUAAUAAUGCGGAGAAAGUACUCUCCAUUUCUAAAAGUAUCUCUGUCAGGGAAGUUCUUUCUUCAGCUCUCUACAUCAGUAUCUGCCACCAAAUAAAUGCUGAUGAAGGCCUAACUCAAAUUCAGCUAUAAAUUCUUCUCUUUUAUGAGAGGAAUUUUAUAGCUCACAGAUUUUUACAUUGCAUGUGACAUCGGGACAUCAUUAAUGAAUAAGAGAUUAGCAGUUGACAGAUCCUACGAUAAGCUUCAUAUCAUGCAAAUGAACCAUUCAUGGAGGAAUAAUUUUAAGCAGUUUACAGCAAUUUCAAGUAACUGUCCAAGAAACAACAAAAAUGUAAGGACUGUUUGCAAGUCAUCAAAAACAGGCGGAAGAUUAUCAUUUUCUUCCUAGGAACUUAACCUCUUUCCCUAAAUUAAGAGGGAUUUUAAAAUCAGAGAAAGAAGGAACCAUUCUUGAAAGCUUUGAACAUGACCUUCGUAGCAACAUCUGCAAAGCUGUUACAAGCACCGUGAAUUUCAGUUUAUGGCUAUAGUUGUAUCACAAUUUUCUUUUUCACACUUUAGUUAAUUCAAAUGCAAUCAUUUUUACAAUGAUUUACUUCACUAUAUGACUUCCAGUAUUAUAAUCAAUUACACUAUGUGUGCCUACCUCCAACUUGCAUAAUAACAGAACUUUGAAUUUUGUUAUUAGUCAACAGCUUCCCAAAGAAAUAAUGCUUUCUAUCUUGUUCCGACUAUGACAGCAUUAGUUGAACUUCAAAUUUAUAUUGUGUGAGAAGAAAAAAAUGAAGCAUGAAGCUUCGUUGCUCUAAGAUCCCCCCCCCCCAAAAAAAAAAAAAACAUGCACAAGUGUCAGUCUAGUUCUUCCUGAUAGUCACAACUUUGAUCUCAAAACUAAAUUUAAAGUCAUUACAAGUCCUCAGAUUUGUUGUCAAGAAUAAGGCAUUACCCGCUCAUUUCCUCUUGAUGUUUUCCGUCAUUUCCCCCUCCUGUGCACGUUUCAAGAUGUCAUGCAUCCGAAUCUUAAUUCCUAAGAACAAGUUGUUCAACCGUAACUGUGCAGACAUUAAUCAGAUUUUUUUUGUGGAAAGUCUGCAUAUAUUGAGCACAUUCCAAAAAUCAAUGCAUGAAGCUCAGAAGGUUCCUCUAAACAAAAAAGACGACAUCCCACCCAAACUAAAAUGACGUUUCAAAUGAUCAUACUGUCCCAAACCUAUAAAAUUUAUGCCUUCUGUACUAGGCUUUGUCCUUGGUAACUUUAGAUUGGACAAAGUGGAAGACUGCCGGAUGAAUACCGAAUUGGACGUACUUCUAUCAAACAGAACUAUGUGCAUUAUGACGUGAGUUCUGUUAUGCACAUAUUCUGAUGGAUUUUAGGGUUCAUGUCUUUAUGCACAUAGUCCUGUUUGGCAGAAAUACGUCCAAUUGACACCAAGAAAACUGAAUUUCAUCAUCCCACGGCCUCUCCAACCUAGAAAGCUCAAAAGCCAUCAGAUUCAAGUUCCUCAGAGUCGAUGAGAACAUCAUUUUUCUGAGCCUUUACAUCAAUUUGAAGGCCUUGCACAUUACUAAAGGGAGCUCUGCCCCCCAAUUUUGGAGGGUCAGUAUUUCAGACAGGAAUGGAGCAAUUAUGGACUUUUUGGUAUCAAAUUAGGUUAGAAUUUUUCUUACCUCCCUAUUCAUCCGACGGUCCUCGACUACAUCAGAUCCGAGAAAAGAGCCUGGUACGGGUGAACGGGACACCUUGCAUUUGUUCUAAGUCAAUGUCUGGGGAUCUCUGGUAUAAGACAGUACCUGCGGUUUUUUUUUUUUUUUUUUUUUUUUUUUUUUUUUUUAAAUAUAAAUCCACCAUUGUGCAGUAUUCAAUGCAAUGCUCAUUUGGUUUGAACAAAGGCAGAAGAAACCAAGGCGCACUGAGAGACAGUGCAUAGCGACCCUGAGCCUUAAACUUUUUCUGCUUUUCCAGUUUUAUGCUUGUUGCAGAGUUUCGAUUUGAAGUGCAGAAUAUUACUUUUCUUGCAGCCUUAUUUGCAUUAAAUUGACGUAUUUUCAAAUCUGCGUAGGUAGAAAGUGGAACAUUUUUAAUCUUUCCUGACUUGUACAUAUUCCCAAACUCAAUUUUUGUCAACAUGGUGACUAAGCUUUUCGAUUCAAGAUAGAAUGAAAAGUCAAUCGAUGUAUCCUAUAUAUGUAUUUAAAAAUAAUUGUUGAUUAAGAAAUUACGGCAUUUUUAAGCAUUCUUGAAGCUGAGCUUAACUUCUUGUAAGUUAGGUGUCUAUAUUUUUUUGUUUGUUUAUAAUUUUCAUUUCAUAUUUUAUUUAUUAUUUGUUGUUAAUUUAUUGGCUUAACGCUUCAGUUUCUUUUUCCUAAAAAUGUAUUAAUUUCAUUUUAUGAAUGUAAAUACCUUUAAUUGUCUAAAAUAAAAUGUUUAAAACUUGUACCCCACAUCUCUAUAAUCCUUGUAUCAGACAUUUCUCAAAAAUGACAUGUAACACCACAAAGGACAAACUGAAGGAAAACACGUUCAGUUUUCUGAAAUGCAUUGUCUUAAAUUGUAUACGAAAGAAAAUAAUACACAAAAUAACUAUCUACA